AUGGCAGAGAAAGGCUCCGUGGGCAACAGCAUUAACCUCCCCUACAGAGACCUGGUCUCCGAGGUGACCAGGCGCCGAAUCACCAUGACCAUGAGAGAAGAGAGAUUUACCAAGAAAAGUGAUGAAACCGGGGAGAUACCCUCAGAUAUGGAUUUGGGACAAGCUCGUCCUCCUAGUACAGCUGGCUCCGAAGUACCCCCAGCCCCACCUCCUUCUCCAACUGAAGACUCCAAAGUUUCCUUCUUAAGCACCUAA